AUGCCGACCUGGGGGGGCUAUCGUGUACGGCGUGCAGCUGCCAACGAGGCUGCCAGAACUGCUGGAACCAGAGCCAAUACCGAGACAGGGUCAGAGGCUAUAGGCAGCCAGAAGGAAGAAGCAGCAAGGGCUAGAACUGCUAAAGCCCGUAAAGCGAUAGCUAAGAAGCAAAAGGAGCAGAGCCGAUACAGUGAACCGACCACAAAACGAGUGGCACGGCGAUCUUUAAGGUUUAUUGAUCAACUAGAACAAACCAACCAGGAAUCAGACCUCAGCUCAGCGGGGGAUAUAGACUUAACGGAGAUAGAGAGACAGCUUAACGAGGACCGAGCACGCAGUAACACCGAUUUCUAG